AUGAGUGCUGAUUGCGAUAGCCCGAGUCGUCAAGUGAGAACGCCCAGCUCGGCAUCACAUGGACAGGAAAUCCGUGAGAAUACAUCCGAAAUUUCCGAUGGUUCAAGACGCGGCACAAUACAGUCUGAAGCCCCUGUGGAUGAAUUAACUCCUCGAAUUGAGAACCCAUUAUCGUUUCAAAUGCCCCCAAAAGAGAUCGUCGCAGAGGGUAUUGCUCUUUAUUUCAAAUACUGCCAUAAACAACCUCUUUGGCUUUUUGAUCGUGAUGAUGUUUCUAUUCCGGAAAAUUUCCGCCGUGAAGUUAUUUUUGGAAUGCUCAGUCUUGCUCUGCGCUACUCAAAUAAUCCUUUCUUGGAAGGACGCACUGACCGGAUGUGUAGACAUUAUGUCGAAGCUGCUCGCAGCUAUGUCAUGUUUCGGAUUGCGCAGGCCACCGUGGAUCUCUCCACGAUUAAAAGUCUAUGUUUGAUUGCAUUGGCCGAACAUAUAGCAAAUGAGACCCAUCUUGUUUGGCUACACAUUGGCCUUGCUGCAAAUCUAGCCCAGUGUGCCGGAAUAAACAUUGAAAUGCACGAGGGCGAAUUUAACCCGGUUCUGGAAGAACGCCGAAGAGUCUUUUGGAGCAUUCAUCAUCUUAAACAGCAUUAUGCACCACACAGCAUGCAUCUCAAUAUGCUGCGAGAUAUACACAGUCCAAAGUACAUGGCUGUGAAUAAUGACUCUCCUCGGGAGAUGGGAAUAAAGCCACCACAGACACCUCAAGAAAAUGGCACUUUUACAUCUAGGGGCGGCAUUUGGGUGUAUACAGUGCAACUUGCGACUCUCUGGAGCGAAGUUCAACAAUAUGUCUCACAUUGUGCCAGUGGGUUUUCCACACCUCCUUGGUCGGUGGAUUCCGGCUACUCUAUUAUCGGGGCCCACCUCAUGGAUAUCGAAACAAAAUUUCCUACCAGCAACAGAUGGGACUCAGCAAGGUUUCACGAUCAUUCGCGCGAGGAUCUAUAUCGAGAGAGAGAAUACUGGAGUCCCUGGCUCUAUCUUCAAUUUCUCUAUCAUGCCGUGCACAGUGUUAUCAACCAUCCUUUUCUAUAUUCAUGGAGACCACAGCAAUCUUCUCAGCUUGCAGUGCCAAACACCUUUUGGAAAACAUCGUCCGAGUUGGCGCUUAUCCACACUACAUGGACCGUUCGGCUUAUUGACAUGGUUGUCGAAAAAGACUACGAAAUAUCAGAUCCGUUUAUAUGCCAUGCAGUAGCAAUUGCGGCUACGGUUCAUCUUUAUUAUUGCUGUGCCGCAGAUCCCAGUAUGAGGGAAGGAGCGCAGCGAAAAUUGGAGACAUGUACAAGAUUUUUGAGUGAUUUAGCCACCAAAUGGCCAAAAUGUCAGGCAUUGCAUCAAAAGAUUCAACAGCUCGUUCAGUCGGCAUUUGCUGUAAGUCCGCAUGCGAGUCAACACCGCCGAGCCCGAAGAACAUUGUCAAUAGACACUGCCUUAAUGUGGGAAAUCCUUUGCCACAACUCCAACAAAAGCACAAUUGCUUCUCCAGGAGAAGGCCUCUUUGACAAGUCAUUCGUACCACCCCCACCUCCGAUUGACCCAGAUAAGGUGACAGUUGAAACGGAGAUAUUCCAUCAUUCGGCCAGAGCAGUGGACACAUCCGAUGGAGGCCAAGCCUUGCCACCAUAUUCAAGCACACUGAAUGGCCAAGCCGCAUCAGAAAACUCAGAUAACGAGCCUUGGACCCGAGAAAGUUUUGCUUCAGCUGAUUAUACUGGUGCAAGUCAACAGCCACUAUCUCGGGAUUCGUUGGGAUGGCCAGGUCCAGGCUUUCCGGCCGAUAUGUCUUUUAUGGACAUUACGCAUGACCCAUUUUUCCAAUUUCAGGAUCAUGAAAAUCCCUAUCGCGGAGUUUGGGAGGUGGGGAAUCUAUGA